UGUAAAGUACAUGUAAGAAGAAAUAAGAAUAUUGAAAAAUGAAUUAUUUUUUAUGCAGUGUCCGAUUAAGUAUUACAAUGUGUCAUUUCUUAUGUAGUGUAAGCGACAAGUUUAAUGUUCAAUUGAUUUGAAAAGAGAAGAUAAUAGCCUGCUAUUUGUUGGUAGCAUAAAACUGAAUUUUGGGACCUCGAUUCAGCAAUACGAACACAAAGGCGGCAUUAAAUAUUUUAUGCGCAGAUCCAAAAGUAUUUACGGAGAAAGAUAAUCGAAAGGAAGAAACUUGAGCUAUUAUGAAGAUGAAGACAGACGAUAAGAAUAGGACUAAAAUUUAUACAAAGAGAGAAGGCUGGUUCAAAAUGGAGUUGAAAUGGCUUAAUAUCACAUUUUUAUGUCUUCUCCAUCUCUACUUCAUAUAUGCCUGUUUUACUUUUAAUUUUUUCGCAAAUUGGAAGACGACCGCUUGGACAUUCGCUGUCUCUUGGACAGGAGCGUUAGGCAUCACCGCCGGUGCUCAUCGUUUAUGGACCCACCGAUCUUACAAGGCAAAAUGGCCGCUUCAACUUAUACUAGUCAUUUUCUACGCUGCAGGCGGCAUGAACAACCUUUACGAUUGGGUGCGAGAUCAUCGGGUGCACCACAAGUAUACGGAUACGGACGCAGACCCGCAUAACAGUAGCCGAGGAUUCUUUUUCUCCCAUGUUGGUUGGCUGAUGAUGAAGAAACAUCCGGAGGUGAUCCGAAGAGGUCGUCAAGUCGAUAUGAGCGAUAUAUUGGCCGAGCCUAUCGUCGUAUUCAGUAUCAAAUAUUUUGUGAUACUCCGAUUGAUCUUCGCCUACCUGCUUCCGGUAAUGGUGCCUGUGUAUGGAUGGAAUGAGACUUGGUCUAAAGCCGUCGCGUCGCAGGUUAUUCGUUAUGUUUGCGUUUUACAUUCCGUAUGGAGCGUCAAUAGUGUGGCUCAUACCUGGGGCUCAAAGCCAUACGAUGCGAACAUAAAACCAACAGAGAAUAUGUGGGUCAAUGCUCUAUCGGGCGGCGAAGGAUGGCAUAAUUAUCAUCAUGUCUUUCCGUGGGACUACAAGGCUGCUGAGGCACCGUACGCCAAUCACAUGAACACAAAAUUCAUCGAAUUCUUCACGAAAAUCGGAUGGGCGUAUGAUCUCAAACAACCGUCAGAGGAGUACGUCAAGACCAUUACGAUGAAAAGAGGUGACGGGACCCAUCCCUUAUGGAACGCUGUGCCGCAUCCGGACAGUAAAAGUGAAUGAUAGAAAUGACUGAGAAUUGUAUCAUCUUUACGAUGGAGUUUCCUUGGACGGCAAAUGUAAUAAGUUUAAGAUAAUGUUUACGGGUGUGUUAAUAUAACAAACUAUUCGAUGAUUGUCUAUAUGUCUAUAAUGACGAUAUUUGAGACAUUAUUAUAAUACAUGAUUAUAAUUUUAUCUUUGUUUAUUUAUACGUGUUCAUGUCUUAUCGGUACAAAGAAGAUGCUUAUGCUUUCAGUUUGACCUAAAAUUUGACCUAACAGAAUAAAUAAAUAUAUUAUAUAUUU